GGAUGGCAAACACAAUUGAGUGCAAAGCGUGAAGAAACUCUCAUCACCAUGGAUGUUGAGAAAGUCUUCCACAUGACUGGAGGAAUUGGAGAAACUAGCUAUUCCAGAAAUUCUUCUCUUCAGAAGAAGGCAUCUGAUAUGGUUAAGCAUAUAACUCUGGAGAGCGUGGAAGAAGUUUAUGUCGCAACAAAGCCCAAAAGUAUAGGCAUAGCUGACUUAGGUUGUUCCUCAGGACCUAAUUCCUUGUCAAACAUUAAAGAUAUUCUGGAUAAAAUCGAAACUGCCAGCAGGAACACAAUUCAGCAAUCGGCACCAGAGUUCCGAGUUUUUCUGAACGACCUUCCAACGAACGACUUCAACGCUAUAUUUCAGGCCUUGCCAGAAUUUCAUGAAUGGUUAAAGCAGAAAAGAAAUGAUCAAGAAAAUGGGGGCACUUCAAAUAAUAUAUAUGUAGCUGCUUAUCCUGGCUCAUUUUAUGGAAGACUUUUUCCAGAUCAUUGCUUGCACUUUAUCUAUGCCUCUUAUAGUUUGCAUUGGCUUUCCAGGGUUCCACCAGGACUGUACGAUGAACAGGGCAAUUCCUUGAACAAAAACAGCAUAUACAUAUCAGAACAUAGUCCUCCUGAGGUUUCCGAAGCUUACUUUGACCAGUUUCAGGAGGACUUCUCAUUGUUCCUCAAUUCGCGGUCGGAUGAGCUGGUUAGUGGAGGAAAGAUGGUGCUGAUUUUACUGGGAAGGGAAGGUUCUAAUCAUGUUGAUAGAGGAAAUGCCUUCUUUUGGAAGAUCCUCUAUCAAGCAUUAUCAAAUUUAAUUAGCAAGGGAGAAGUGGAAAAGGAAAAGCUUGAUUCCUACGAGGUACAUUUUUAUGCACCAUGCAAGGAAGAAAUAGAAGAAAUAGCAAGGGAAAACGAGUGUUUUGAAGUGGAGCGGCUUGAAAUGUUUGAAAUAGAGAAAACAAUUGGAAAAGGCAUGAGCUAUGGUACAAUGGUGGCUAUGACAGUUAGGUCAAUCCAAGAAUCAAUGGUGGCUCACCAUUUUGGAGAAGCAAUUGUUGAGGACUUGUUUAAAGAAUAUGGUAGAUUGGUGGAUGAAGAAAUGGCGAAAGAGGAAAUUAGGCCUAUAACUUUCCUUCUCGUUCUUCGAAAACAAUAACAGAAUUGGUGAAUACUAUAUAUUGUCAGUCUGUCACGGCAAUUAGGUAUCAAUUUAAAUAGUACAUAUAUGUCUUUGUUCAAAUAGAUUAUUUAACCUACCAUUGAUUUCUGUAUUACAGUGGGAUAGAAUUAUGAAUACUAUAUAUAUAAAGGUCGAGAAUGUGGAGGAAGUAAUAUAUUUUGGGAGCCUUUGACAUUACUCAUUAAUUCUCGACAGAAUAUUAAUGAACAAUUAUCUUCUAAUGGAUUCAA